ACUUGUACAAAGAGGAAAUGACGUUUUGAUCUCUCGAGGGUCUGUCGAAGUGUAUUUAUACAGCCUAGCAUAACAUAAUAUACAAGUGUGGUGACAGUUAUGUGAAUGAAUUUUGGUAGUUUUAUCAGUCAGCAUGCAUUUAUUGCUCAGUUUCCUAGUUAUUUCAGCCCUUCACAGGUGGACCAAUGCGAAAAUCAACAGGAAAGCGGUGGUGGAGGUGACCGAGGGUAGGUCUCAUCUGCUCUCGGGCGGUUCCGUACGACUGACCUGUGACGUGCCAGAGGAUCCAUACCAUUGGACAUUCGACUGGUUUUUUAACGGCCAAAAAUUGGCUAGUAGCAAGUCUUACGCAAUUCGGAAGGCCCGGGUAUUUCAGAGUGGAAACUACACGUGCAUGGGUACCAAGGAGAGUGAGCUGGAUCAGACGGGCUUCCUUCGGACGGAGAUCAGUGCUCCAUUACCUGUGGUCAUUGAUGGUGGGUUUAUUAUCCUGGAGGCCCCCAGCAAAUCAAUGAUCAUGGAGGAAACGAUGACCUUGACGUGCCGGCUUCGUGAAAACUAUUUAGUUACAGAAGUCAUCUUCUACUUGAACGGGACAGAGAUGUGGAGGCAGCAGAACAACAAAGUGACUGUGCCCAACCUCAAUUUAGAUCAUGGAGGAGAAUAUUCCUGCAGGGCCAUGUGGGAAACUCGGGGUUUUUACCGCUCUGCACACUCUACCGGUGUUUCAGUGACCAUCCUAGAAAUACUAACCACACCAAAGCUGUCUGCGAGCAUAACCUCAGUCGGGAGGGACAAGGAUUUGAAGCUGACCUGUACAACAAAGGUGAACACCAGAAAGACCGGCUCCUUUCCGAUCCACUACUACUUCCUGAAGAAUGACAACCCAUUGGGCCCGGCCACAUCGAAAAACAUCUUCACCAUCCGGAAUGUGGGCAGAGAGGAUAGCAACUGGUACAGCUGCAGGGCCGUGGUACCCAAGCUGAACCAGGAGAAAUGGAGCACACCGGAACGUGUCAAUAUCAGAAUGAGUGGCUAGACAUAGUAGUAUUUAGUACAUAGUUGGUAGUAUGUAGUAUGUAGUAUGUGUUAUGUAGUAUCUAGUAUGGGUAUAUAACCAUGUCCGGGGUGUUAAUGCUAUUCCACAAGAGUAGGUUGUGAGUUAUGGGGUUUUUCCUAAUAACUGUGUCUUAUUUUUUCUUAUUAUUCACAUAUUCUGUGUUCAUAUUUGUCGCACUUUUUUAAUGUCAAGUUAUGUAUGAAAAGCUGUUUCUUGUCAUUCAUUUCUAAAAAGACCCUAACCCUUGCUGUGGAAAUUAAAUGGGAAUAAACCGUUUUAUGUACAGAGUUAGGAUUGGCUACCACAUACCAAUGGAUUAAUAUGAAUUUAAAGGUGUCUGUUACCCAUUAAUAUAUGAAGGGAUGGUGCUUAGUGUGCAAAAUGAAGAUUAAGAACAUGUUUUCCCGAUUUUGACGUAUUCCUCAUUGAAUGUUAUUAAAGCAAGUGGAGUCUGGAUUAUCAUAUA